UACCCGCCCAGUGUACAAAGACGCGCGGACUUCGGCGCUGGCCUCAUUGUGGUGUGCCCAGCUCUUUCUAGAACUGCUGCGCCUCGGGGCCCAGGUUUCAACAGAUUCUUCAAAAUGCCAUCCCAAAUGGAGCACGCCAUGGAAACCAUGAUGCUUACGUUUCAUAGGUUUGCGGGGGACAAAGACUACUUGACAAAGGAGGACCUGAGAGUGCUCAUGGAACGGGAAUUCCCUGGGUUUUUGGAAAAUCAAAAGGACCCUCUGGCUGUGGACAAAAUAAUGAAGGACCUGGACCAGUGCCGAGAUGGCAAAGUGGGCUUCCAGAGCUUCCUCUCUCUAGUGGCGGGGCUCACCAUUGCAUGCAAUGACUAUUUUGUAGUACACAUGAAGCAGAAGGGGAAGAAGUAGACCAACUGGAGCACUGGUAUCCCCACCCUGAUGUGUGCUCUCCCACUGGGUCACUUGAGGAAUCUGCCCCACUGCUUCUUGUGAGCAGAUCAGGACCCUUAGGGAAUGUGCAAAUGACAUGCAACUCCAAUUCAGCAAGCAGAGAGAGAGAAAAGUUAAUCCAGUGACAGAGAAGCUUUUGAGUUUUAUAUUGUUUGCAUCUCAUUGCCCUCAAUAAAGAACGUCUUUUUUUUAAGUCCUGAA